ACGUUUCUCCCUGCGAAUGAGGUGGCUCCGUAGGGUUAGGCUUUGUGAAACUUCCGUCACCUACGCGUAACUAGGUUGCACAGGUCACACUCCUCUGCGACCAUAGCAUAAAGAAACACAUGAGCCUGCAGUCGACUGUAAAUGUCUUCGGGAAAGAUAAGCAGUUGCAAGUGGAAGGAACAUGAAGUGCCAGUAGAGAAUUAUAACCUUCACAAAUGUCAGAUAUGCCGACGCAGCCUGAAAGACCAGAGCACUGAGCCGCCGUUGCCUCUCUCUCUCGCGCGCGCUAUGAAUCGAUCGAGGCUUCCUGCUUUUCUGUUCUCUCAAGGAGUGCAGUAGGCAUUGCUGCUGGCUUUUUUCGCAAAACAAGUCGAGUUUCUAUUCAGAAUUGGAAAAAGACAGAAGGAUGUAGGAAGUUUGCUCAAGUUGUACCCCUUCUUUUAUAUGUGAAUCUUAAUAUACCUCAAUGGGUAGAGAAAAACCUUCCAAAAGCAAAAGAAAGUCGAAAUCAAGACAACCUGAAAAUGCUGACAACCCCCCAAUAAUUAGUGGGCCCGAUCCUGAACUGGGUCAGAAACAAAGCAAUAAUCUGAAUGGGCCUGGUGAUCUCAGGAAUGAAAAACCAAGCCCCCUAGCCUGUUCAAAUCUUGAUUUGAAGGGAUGGAAAUAUUACACUGAGGAGCAAAUGGAAGAAUUAUUGUUAAAGAGACUUGAAGUUAUUUAUGUUGAAGCUUUCCAGAGGUUAUUGGGUUAUGGGUAUCAUGGUGAAGUUGUCCGGAAAGCAAUUUUGAUGAAUGGGCAUGGUUUUGGAAACAUGGACAUAUUGACGAACAUUGUGCAAAAUUCGCUGGCCUAUAUUAACACUGGUAUGGUUAUUGACAGUGGAAAUUAUAGUGAAGAUGAGCAGGUUUUUGGGGAAUUUAGUCAGUUGGUGAAGUACUCGCUUGCAGUUAUGGUGUAUUUGUUACAGCAAGUCCAGCCUAGUUUGAACAAAGACGAAGCUUUGUGGUCUCUUUUGGCGAGCAAUUUUCAUUUGGGUCUAGCGAGUAACUUAACAGCCCCAUUUCUUCCAGGUGAGGAUGAGGUUGACAAUAACAAUUUGGUUGAUGUUUCUUCUGGAGUUGCUUGUGUUCAACGGGAUCAGGAUUCUGGUGAUUACCAGACUGUUGAUUUCCAAAAUAAUUAUCCAUCUGAGAGGAAUUUUGAUGAGCUUUCACCGGAAGAUGCUGCACUGGCAAAGAAGUUCAAUCUUUCUGCAUAUUGCAUGUCUCAUUUAAAAAGGAAUGCUGCAAAAUCUGCAGCUGCACUUCGUGCAAAAAUGAAGACUUCACAGGAGAAGUUGCCUGAUUUACCCUGUCAUUUGGCAAGCAAUAAAUUAACCAGCCAGCAAGAUCUGCAAAAACCAGAUUUGCUUAUCUCUGUUUUGGAUAGCUUGGGUAACUUUAGCCUUGAUGCAGAGUCCAAAACCAAAUGUGUCAAUGAGAAGAAUGAGAUGAUUAUGAAUUUGGUCAGUCAAAUUAAGGAGGUUGAGGCCCAGGUGAAAGAGCAGAAGGAUUGGGCUCAGAAGAAGGUAAUACAGGCUGCUAGAAAGCUCAGUCAGGAUCUUUCUGAGCUUAAUACAUUAAGGAUGGAGAGAGAGGACAAACAUUGUUUGAAGAUUGGCAAUGAGGAAAUUCAGGAGGAGACAGUUAAGAGGCUUCUGGAGAUGGAGAAUGCACUAAGGAAAUCCAGUUGUCAAGUUGAUCAAGCAACUGCUGCUGUGAGAAAUCUUGAGAAUGAGAAUUCCGUGAUCAGAGCAGAGAUUGAGGCCUUCAAAUUGAGUGCAGGAGAGUCUGAUAGAAUACGUUUGGAGGUUGAAAAGAAGGAGAGAAAGUGCUUGAAGAGGCUUACAGCUUUGGAGAAACAGAACAAUAAAUUUCGGGAGGAAAUUGAGGAGGAGAGAAAGAAAUCCUUGCAGUUGCGACAACAGUUGGCUUGGCUUGUGAAGACUCAGGAUGAAAUUGAGGUGAAAUGGAGGGAGGAGGUGAAGGCAAAAGAGCUAGCUGUUACCCAGGUACAAGAAGAACAGAGAUUAAAGAAGGCUGCAGAGGUCAGUUUUAAAAGAAAGAUGGAGGCCUUACGCCAAAAGAUGGAAUUGGAUUGCCAACAUUUCAAGGAUGAUGUGCAAAGGCUUGAGCAGGAAAUUUCCUGUAUUCAAAAGUCACUGUAUUCUACUGAAUUAACUCAAUCACAAGCCCAAAGAUGCAUGCUAGAGACUCUGCCUCCUGAGUCAAAUAAUCUAAAUGAUUUGUGCGAGGAAGAUGUAUUUUAUGACAGAGAAUGCUUCAUAUGUAUGGUUAAUGAAGCCUCUGUUGUUUUCUUGCCGUGUGCCCAUCAAAUUAUGUGUUCUAACUGCAGCGAGCGUUACUGCAACUUUGUCGAAGCUAGGUGCCCGUGUUGCCAGGUCUGGAUUGUACAGAGAAUUCGUGUUUAUGGUGCUGGCUCAUAGAUCCAGAUUGACAUAUGUUGCUGCUGGGCUUCUCAAGCAGCUGUCAUCAUAGAGUGAUUGAAAUAUUCAUGUCCUAUCAUCUCCACGAGGCAGAUGCAUGCAUUUGAUAUGCAAGCAGCAUAAAUGAUUUUGUUUGAUGAUUCCUCCUCUUUUUUGGUAUAUCACAUUUUACGUUUUGUUAUUUAUGAAUUAUGUACAUUUGUGUCUUUUCCUCUUUAACAGGGUAGCCCACAAGCAGAGCCAUUUUUAUUUU